AUGGAGCCCUCUCGAAGAUACUCAGGAUACCCUCGCGCUAAGAAGGGCCCCGAAACAGCAUAUGCACCUGUUGCUGACAGGAAUCCUGCGCUUAAGGGAUGGGUCACCUACUCUCAGGCUAUUGCCCAGGCUACGUGGUCGAAUGCUAAAUUUGGCUGCGUCAAAGACGUUCCUGGGCUACAUGAAUAUGACUGGCGUCUCCAACCUAUUGUCACACCCCUUCUGCCUGACGGUGUCGUUCAGAGCAAGGCCGAGAUCACUCCCGAGCUACAUGAACGUCAACCAGAUGAUCUAGCUGGCCGCUUUCAUUCCGCUGCGGAUUACCAUGAACUUUUCAAAUCUGGAAAACUAACCCCACUUCAAGUGGCUAAAGGGUUACUCCCACUGAUAACUAGGGGGAAGAACCCGCCGGCGAAGUAUGAAUCAGCCUUCGCUAUCACGAAAGAGGAGCUAGUACUCGCUGCCGCCAAAAAAUCGACAGAACGUUAUGCUGCUGGGCAACCUCUGGGUAUCCUUGAUGGCGUACCAAUAGGCGUCAAGGAUGAUACGGAUGUUGAAGGGUAUAUUUCUCAUAUGGGACUCAAAUUCAACCCAUCUGAUCCCUUCUUCAAACCUGCUACUAGCACAAUUUGGCCAAUUGCGCAACUUGAGGCAGCUGGUGCUAUCGUUGUCGGGAAGCUGGCAAUGCACGAACUGGGCUCGGAUAUUAGUGGGUGCAACCCCCAUUGGGGAACGCCGGUGAACUGGAACAACCCAUCUUAUUACCCAGGCGGCUCAUCCUCCGGUGGAGGCUCAGCCCUUUCUGCGGGAUUGGUACCCAUCGCUAUUGGUACCGAUGCUGGAGGAAGCAUUCGCAUUCCGUCGUCGUUCUGUGGGGGUUAUGGGUUGAAGCCUACUUUACAUCGUACAUACACGAUGAAGUCGUCGAUCUGUGUCAUUGGUCCUAUGGCCGCGACGGCUAAUGACUUAGCUGUCGCGUAUCGUAUUAUGUCGGCGCCUAACCCCGAAGAUCCGACACAAGGCGCAUUCGCGUUGUCUAUUCCUCCUAGCCCCGCAACCAAGAAGACGAUUGGCAUCUACCGUGAUUGGUUCGACCGAGCCUCCGCGGAUGUCCUCGAGGUUACUAGGAAAGCAAUAUCUUACUUCAAGGAUAAGCUAGGCUACGAAGUCGUCGACAUCACCAUCCCAUACCUCGUAGAAGGUCAGUACGGACACAGCGUCUGGGCGCUCACAGAAGGGUUAGACCAUCGCCGGUCUCACGCCGUGGACCCAGCCAACCCCCUCGCGAAUGUCAACCACUGCAACCAGCUGCUGCUGGCGGUCGGCGGGUGCACGCCUGCCGUCGACAUGAUUAAAUUCGGGCAGCUCAGGGGUUUGAUCAUGGAACACCUAGCGUUCUUGUUCAAGCUGUAUCCGGAUCUGUUAAUCGUGACGCCGACAGUCCCCGAGGCCGGCUGGAAGAUUGAGCCCGGCGACCAGGCGUAUGGCUUCAGCGACGGCAACGUGACCAUCCGGAACAUGAUGUAUAUAUGGCUGGCGAACUCGACGGGCUGCCCGGCGGUUACCGCGCCUGUCGGAUACGUCGAUGCUGAGGUGGGCGAAGGCAAGCUGCCGGUGGGCUUAAUGGCGAUGGGGGAGUGGGGUGCCGAGGAGCAGCUUCUGGCUUGGGCGAAGGAAGCAGAGGGAUAUCUGAAUGGAGUGAGUGAGGGCGGCAGGUAUAGACCGCGGGAGUGGGCUGAUGUCGUCGAGAUUGCCAAGACUACUGAAUAA